AUGUCGGCCCAAGACUACUGGAACAACGGGGGCCAAGGAGGCCAGCAACAGCACCAGAACCAGGGUCAGAAUCCAUACGGAUACAGCAGCACCGGAGACAACAACCAAGGCUACGGCGGUGGCUACAACAACAACAACAACCAACAGCAGCAAUGGCAACAAUCAGGCCCACCGAGCCACGGAUACAACAACGAACCUCCGGCCUAUGGAUACAACCAGGGCGGCCACAACCAAGGCUAUGAUCAGAACAGACCAUACGACAACAAUAACAACCAGCAAUACCACCAGCAACAACAAAACUGGCAGGACCAAUCCCAGAGCCAAGGAGGGUACAACAACAACCAGUACAACCAGUCCCAAGGCGGCUAUGGCGGCGGCUACAACGACCCGAACCAAUCCCAGCGCGCACACUCGCCCAACCCAGGCGCUCAACAUCAAGGUGGCGGCGGCCAGUACGGCGGCGGCAGCGGCAACCAAUACCACGACCCCAACAUCCAAGGCGGCUACCCAGGCGCCCCAGGCAUGGGACACGACCCGAACUCACAAGACCGGGGCCUGAUGGGGGCGCUCGCCGGCGGCGCCAUGGGCGCGUUCGCGGGACACCAAGUCAACCACGGGUUCCUGGGGGCGGUAGGCGGGGCGAUCACGGGAUCGGUGGCGGAAGACGCGCUCAAGAAACACAGCAAGGACAAGAAGAGCAAGAAGGACAAGACGCACGGGUCAGGGUCAGCUUCCGGAUACGCCAAGCCGUCGAAGAAACACGGCGGGGGAUCCCGGCGCGGCUCGUCGUCGAGCUCGAGUUCUUCGUCCUCCAGCGACUCGGACGGCGGCAAGAAGAAAUACAAGAACAAGCAUCACCAUCACCAUUAG